ACGUCAAGUCUAGCGCGCGGCCUCCCGGAAGUUGGAGGCUGGCUUUGUCCUCAGGUAAAGAGCGAGCCUGGAUCCCAGCAGAGAGUAAGCGGUGGCAGCUGCUUUCAGACAGCGAGGGCCCGGGUCGGUGAGGAAGGAGGAAAGAGAAUGAAUGAGUGGAUGCCCAUCGCCAAAGAGUACGAUCCUCUCAAAGCUGGGAGCAUCGACGGCACCGAUGAAGAGCCUCAUGACCGGGCCAUCUGGAGGGCCAUGCUGGCCCGCUAUGUGCCCAACAAAGGCGUGUCCGGAGACCCCCACCUCACCCUCUUUGUGGGCAGGCUGAACCUGCAGACAACAGAAGAAAAGCUGAGAGACGUCUUCAGCAGAUACGGUGAUGUUAGGAAGCUGCGGCUGGUUCGGGACGUGGUCACGGGCUUUUCAAAGCGCUAUGCUUUUAUUGAGUACAGAGAAGAACGGUCUCUGUUAAAAGCUUACAGAGAUGCCAAUGGACUGGUCAUUGAUCAGCACGAGAUCUUUGUUGACUACGAGCUGGAAAGAAUCCUUAAAGGGUGGAUCCCUCGGAGACUUGGAGGGGGGUUUGGUGGAAAAAAAGAAUCUGGACAACUGAGAUUUGGUGGACGGGACCGGCCGUUUAGAAAGCCCAUUAACUUGCCGGUUUUCAAAAGUGACUUCUAUGGAGAGGGCCAGAGGGAAAGGAGGGAGUGGUCCCGAGACAGAACCUGGGACUGGAGGACCAGAGAUCGAGACCAUGACAGGGGCCGAGAGAAGAGGCGGCAGGAAAGGGAGUCCAGCCGGGCCUGGGAUGAGAGCGAGAGGGAAAGGGAGAAGGACUUCCGUGAGGAGAGGAGCAGGGGCCGAGAGAGAAAAGACCGAGAGAGGAGAGAUAGAAGCAAGGAAAGAGACUCCAAAAAGCAGAGAGGUGACGACAAACACAGAUAGAGACUUGGGGCACAGCCGUCCCUUUCCUCUACACCUGUGUGGACAGGCGGGCAGGUGGUGCCCGGUGCACCUCACCUCUUCCUCCUUCCUACAAGGCUCGGCCCUCACCUCCGUGGAGUCUUCCUUUAUGUAACCAGCCGAAACGGGGCUUGCUGGCCUCAGAUUUCCCAGGGUUCCCCCCAAGCUCUCUGUUGCCACUUUCCUUGUCUAAACCCUGUUACCUUUCUUGGGGGACACACCAUUCUAGACCUUCAUCCCACCCAAGCCCAAAUUUCUGUCCUCUUUGUAUCACCAGAACCCUGGACAUAGCUGCUGAAUAAAGAUUUGUUUCAAAUCCGUCCAGUCA